UGUAAACACACUGUGAUCAAGAUCGUCAAAUUGUGUGACUACAGACUCGAUAUUAAAAAAUAUAAAUAAUUAUUAAUAAAUUUUUUAUAAAAUAUAAAUUAGUAUUGUUUUAAUAAAUUGUUUAAUAAUAGUUGAAUAAUGCUUUAUUUAGAAGACUAUGUUGAAAUGAUUGAACAUCUUCCCCAAGAAUUAAGGGAUAGAUUUACAGAAAUGAGAGAAAUGGAUUUAGGUGUACAAAAUUCAAUGGAUAGUUUAGAAAAAAAAGUAAAAACUUUUUUUUCAAUUGCUAAAAAAAUGAAACCACUGGAUAAAGAAACUGAAUAUGAAAAUAUAAGAAAAGAUUAUUAUAAAACACUUGAGGAUGCUGAUGAAAAAGUACAUCUUGCAAAUCAAAUGUAUGAUUUAGUUGAUAGAUAUUUACGUAGGCUUGAUCAAGAAUUGCAUAAAUUUAAAAUGGAACUUGAAGCUGACAAUAAAGGUAUUACAGAAAUAUUGGAAAAAAGAUCAUUAGAGUUGGAUCAACCACCGACAAAUAGUAGCCAAAAAGAGAAUCGUUAUAGUUUUACAUCAAGUAGAACACGAGAUCAUCAUGGUCAUUCUCGAGCUGAAAAAAGAAGAGAUUCAAAUGCAUCAUCAGCAUCAAUUGAAAAACGUCUUGCUGUUGAAAAAAUACCAACAAAUUUAACAGAAUCACGUCCAACAUCAGCAAAUUCAGGUUCAAUAAUUGGUAAUAAUUCAUCAAGUAUGCCAUCAACACCAACAUCAAUUAUUGGUAAUUCAGUUGGUUCUGUAAAUUACAUUGGACAUAUUGGUGCUGGUGGUAAUGCAAUUGCAGCAGCAGCAUCACAAGCAAUUGCUGCAACUCAACAAAUGCAACAAGGACGUAGAACAGCUAGUCUAAAAGCAAGUUAUGAAGCAAUUAAUACUGGUGGUGGUGUUCAUGCUAAUGAAUUUAGUAAAGAAUUAGCUGGAGCUGCACAAACAGCAAUUGCAGCUAUUCAAGAAACAACCAAAAAACAUCAUAAAAAAAAAGUAACAACAUCAGUUCCAAGCUCAAGUGUUGUUGCAACAGUAGCACAACCAUCACCAUCACCACCAAUAACAACUGCCACAACAACAAUCACGGAUCCUGAAAAUCCAGAUUGGACUUAUGAUCCAAAUGAACCACGUUAUUGUAUUUGUAAUCAAGUAUCUUAUGGUGACAUGGUUGCCUGUGAUAAUUCUGAUUGUCCUUUCGAGUGGUUCCAUUAUCCUUGUGUUGGAAUAACAGCACCACCCAAAGGCAAAUGGUACUGUCCUCAAUGCACGUCUUCCAUGAAAAGACGUGGUGGAAGAAAAAAUUGAUUAAACUAGAUUAUUAUUAUAAAUAUCAAGUUUUUUUUUUUUUUUUUUUUAAUUUAAUUUAUUAAAUUGUCAAUAUAUAUGUAUACCUCUAUAGGUAUAUUUUUUUUAUUUUAAUUUUUUUUUUUUUUUUUUCUUUUUAAUUAUUUCAUGAAAUUGUGGAUAUUGCAUUUGGAGAAUGCAAGUUAAUGCAGUGUAAUAUGAGAUAAAAAAAUAUAAAAAAAAUACAACAAGUACUUUAUGAUUUAUCAUUGAUGUAUUUCAAGAUAUUUAUUUGUGCAUUGUAAUAUGUAUGUUAAAAAAAAAAGUCAAAUUAGUGUCAAAAUGUAAAAAAAAAUAAUGAAGAUAAAAUAAAGACACAAGUUGAUAUUGAUAAAUCAUUUUGCAAUACGUACUAUGGUAGAUGUAGAUUAUUCGCAAUUAUAAAAUAAUAUUUGUGCGAUAUUUUUGAGUGGGAAUAAUUUAUAAAAAGCCAAAAAACUUGAUGAUUUGUACAGGUAUUAUUUACAGGGCCAAUAGUAAAUAGUGAAUUUUAAUUUUUGAUAGUUUGGUUUUACUUUAAAAAUAUAUGAUAAAUUGUAAA